CAUUUAUGCCAAUUCCAUUGUUGUUAAUAAUAACUUGCUAUAUAGUUGAGUUCUCUUAGUUGAUUUUUUAGAAUUCUCAAAAUGCUUUAAAGGUUCCAUUAAUUGUUGUUUGCAGGUGUAAUUACAUAUAACUACUGAGGAUUGCGCGAUGAGCCGAGGACACAAAGCCCCUAAAUUGACGGAAACAACGAAUGAUUACAUUAGCGAGUUGCCAAAUGAUAUUCUGAGCAUGAUCACUUGUAAGCUGGACCUGAAAGAUGCAGUGAGGACGAGCAUUUUAUCGAAAAGAUGGAAAUACAUUUGGAUUAACCAUACUGACCUCAUAUUUAACCAUCUUAAUGUACUUGGACUGGACCGUAAAAAGCUUAUGGAAGAUUCAGUAGGUGCAGACAGUUAUUUUGUGAAAUACGUGGACCAAACUAUGCAGCAGAGGUUCAAAGGUGACGGCAAGAUUAAUUCUUUUCGCGUUUCUUUUGGGUUGGGGAAGUUCUUUUCUGAAUCUAUAGAUAGGUGGAUCAGUUGUGCCCUUGGAAAAGGUGUUGAGACCAUUGAUCUUGAUUUUUCAAAAUUACCCUCAAGUGAUCUUUCUUCAUCCUUCCAGAAGUGCUACAACUUUCCGUGGCUUCUAACCAUCUCCGAAGAUAAAGGGACACUAAAGUAUCUGCGAGUAGCAGGUUGCAGGCUCCAAUUAGUUCCAGCUUCAUGUUCCAUGAAAUUUGAUUAACUCGUCUCCCUUAAGCUUCGAAAUGUAAAUAUAAACGAUCUUCAACUUAUGGAGGUUCUAGAAUGUUGCCCUUUACUUGAAAAUUUAAGUCUGCAUUUAUGUACUAAACUCACUCAUCUCAGAAAUGGCGAUUCUUCGAACAACACACGGUUGAAGGUUUUGUCCUUGAAG